CCUACCUAUCGCUCUCCAUCUCACACUCACAGAGUCGACACGACGGAGCCAUCGGCACCACAUUCUGACAGAAACACGGUGUAUAUCGGGAGAAGUAUUAUGGGGGACCGCGGGGUUUUCUUGCUGCUCAUGGCUGUGGCCUCGGCGAUGGCUCUCGAGGUGCCGUCGGACGAGGGAGCAGGGCUUCUGGCCGAGCCACAGGUGGCCAUGUUCUGCGGAAAGCUUAACAUGCACAUCAACGUUCAGAACGGCAAAUGGGAACUGGACCCUUCAGGCACUAAAAGCUGCAUUGGAACUAAGGAGGGAAUCCUUCAGUACUGUCAAGAGGUUUACCCUGAACUACAAAUCACUAAUGUGGUGGAGGCCAAUCAGCCCGUCAGCAUCCAGAACUGGUGCAAGAAGGGUCGCAAGCAGUGCCGCAGUCACAUGCACAUUGUGGUGCCCUAUCGCUGCUUGGUUGGUGAGUUUGUGAGCGAUGCUCUGCUGGUUCCUGAUAAGUGUAAGUUCCUGCACCAGGAGCGCAUGGACAUCUGUGAGAGCCACCUGCACUGGCACACUGUGGCCAAAGAGUCUUGUGGAGACCACACCAUGAACCUUCACGAUUACGGGAUGCUGUUGCCCUGCGGCAUUGACCGUUUCCGUGGCGUGGAGUUUGUGUGCUGCCCAGCAGAAGCGGAGAGGGAGGCGGACAGCGACGACAUGGAGGAGGACGAUUCCGAUGUGUGGUGGGGAGGAGCAGAGGCUGACUACUCUGAUACCAGUAUGGCCCGGGAGGCAGGACCAGCAGAGCAGGCAGAGGCUGAACCUGUAGCAGCAGAAGACGACGAAGAUGUUGAAGACCAAGAAGAAGAGACUCUGGAUAAUGACCAGGAUGGAGAUGGAGACGAGGAGGAAGAGGAAGAUGAGGAAGACGACGAGAUGAUCGAUGAGCGCAGUGACAACGAGCAGACCACUAGUGUUGCUAUGACUACCACCACAACCACUACUACUGAAUCUGUAGAGGAGGUGGUCCGAGAGGUGUGUUGGGCGAAUGCAGAGACGGGUCCUUGCAGGGCCAUGUUGCCCCGCUGGUAUUUUGUGAAGGAGGAGGGCCAUUGCGCUCCCUUCAUCUAUGGUGGCUGCGGAGGCAACCGCAAUAACUUUGAGUCGGAGGAGUACUGCCUUUCUGUCUGCAGCAGUGUGUUGCCCACUACUUCUUCCAGCUCUCCGGAUGCAGUAGACCACUACCUGGAGACGCCAGCAGAUGAGAACGAGCAUGCACACUUCCAGAAGGCCAAGGAGAGCCUGGAGGCCAAGCACCGUGAGAGAAUGUCUCAGGUUAUGAGGGAGUGGGAGGAGGCAGAGAGACAGUCUAAGAAUCUGCCACGUGCAGACAAGAAGGCCGUCAUCCAGCACUUCCAGGAGAAGGUGGAGGCCCUGGAGCAAGAGGCAGCCAGUGAGAGGCAGCAGCUAGUGGAGACACACAUGGCUCGUGUGGAGGCUCUGCUCAAUGAUCGCCGUCGCAUAGCACUGGAGAGCUUCCUCACCGCCCUGCAGGCUGACCAGCCACGGCCACGUCAUGUGUUCAGUCUGUUGAAAAAAUAUGUACGCGCUGAGCAGAAGGACAGGCAGCACACCCUGAAGCACUUCGAGCAUGUGCGCGUAGUGGACCCCAAGAAGGCCGCCCAAAUUCGACCUCAGGUGUUGACCCACCUGCGUGUGAUCGAGGAGAGGAUGAACCAGUCUCUGGGGCUUCUGUACAAGGUGCCAGGCGUGGUGGAGGAUAUCCAGGAUCAAGUGGAGCUGCUGCAGCGUGAACAGCAAGAGAUGUCGGCGCAGCUGGCAUCACUGCAGAGUGACGUGAGGGUGAGUUACGGUAACGAUGCCCUGAUGCCGGACCUGCCCGACAGCACCGCCUCGCUGGACAUGCUCCCCUCAGAGGACUCUCAGAGACUGGGGUUGGAUGGCCUGGGCUUCAUUCAUCCUGAGAGCUUCAACCAGCCUAACACCCAAAACCAUGUUGAACCUGUUGAUGCUCGUCCCAUCCCUGACAGAGGUCUUCCAACUCGUCCAGUGUCCGGACUGAAGCCAGAGGAUGUUCCUGAGCUGAAGAUGGAGGCAGAGGAGAGGCAUAGCGCUGGCUACGAAGUGCACCACCAAAAGCUGGUGUUCUUCGCCGAAGAUGUCAGCUCCAACAAGGGUGCUAUUAUUGGCCUGAUGGUCGGGGGUGUCGUCAUAGCAACAGUCAUUGUCAUCACCCUGGUGAUGCUGAGAAAGAAGCAGUACACGUCCAUUCAUCACGGCGUGAUUGAGGUGGAUGCUGCCAUCACUCCAGAGGAGCGUCAUCUCUCUAAGAUGCAGCAGAAUGGCUAUGAGAAUCCCACCUAUAAAUUCUUCGAGCAAAUGCAGAACUAAUGGUCCAUUUACUAGGCUGCAGCCCCCUGAUCCCCGACCCUCUUCCUCCUUACCCUGCUGUGGACAGUGUAGAGAAGGGCUCACUCCACAAAGUCCCUGUCCUAUAGUACCACGAGCGAUUAGUCACUUUCUGACAGAGUCUUAGCCAGAUGAUCAGUUGGUCAAUCCAAUACUUCCGUUUCCUCGUGCAUGAAGAGGAAAUGCCCUUAAGCACCGAUUCAGGGUCAGGUGUUGUGAUGUGUGUGUGUGUGUGUGUGUGUGUGUGUGUGUGUGUGUGUGUGUGUUUUUUUUUUUUUUUUUUUUGGUUUUUUUUUUCUUCUUCUUUCUUUUUUUUUUUUCUUUUUUUUUUUUCUCCUGAUUAUUAGAACCUGGGUAGGUUUAGCUGAUCCAUGGUCUGUGUUUAAGGACAUUUUACUGGAGCAUUCCCACACUGUCCAUUCCCACACUACUUCAACUGCUAAACACUGGGGUAUAAUGGGUUGGUGUCGCAGACACUGCUCUUCCCUUUUCCAUCCCUCUUUCCCACACCCAACCCACCCUCAUUCCCGUCCCUUGUGUGCUUUGAUGACAGCUGUGCUGUGUUUGAUUACGCCAGGUUGUAAAGGAUAAAAUCACAAUGAAAAUAUUAUAGUGAUGACACUAAUGUAACUCUU